AUGAAGCUCUUCGUCGAAACCCUCGCGGGCAAGACGAUCACCGUCAAGGUCGAUCCGUCGGACACCAUCAACGUUGUCAAGGCCAAGAUUCAGGAUCAGCAGCGCCUUACCUUUGGCGAGAAGGAGCUGGAGGACAGACGCACCGUGGCCGAUUACAGCAUCCAGGAUGAAUCCUCUCUUCGUCUUGAUCUGCGCUACCAGAGAAAGCGGAAGCAGCCAAGUGUCAUGCGUGGUGAGCAGCCCAAAUCUGCAAAAAAGAAGAGAAUAGAGUAUCAAAUCUUUCUCAAAGGGCUUGUAGACAACACCACCGCCCUUGAGGUUGCCUACUCGGAUACUGUCAGAAGAGUCAAGGAGAUGAUCCGGGACCGGCAGGGCAUUCCCGUGGAUGAGCAGAGGCUGAUCUAUGCAGGGAAACAGCUUGAAGAUGGUCGCACCAUGGAUGACUAUGGCAUAAAGAAGGAAACUACACUUCACCUCUUGCUCCGCCUCCGAUCAUGCGGUCCUAAUAAUUGCCCAAGAGUACCUAUCCCAAGAGUGCCCCGUCAAAGUGAGCCAGGCGAAGAUCAGAAUUCUCAUGCAAGAUCCUCCACUGUUAUCACUGCUGCUUCUCCUAAUGUCAAGCACCAUAAAAGAAAGAUUCAGACUCAUAUUGAUGUUGCCAACCUGAGGAGGAGCCCAAGAAGCAACAAGUAUGAUGGCUUUAAGGUGAACCUUCAAUCUGAUAGCAGAAUCCAGAAGUCCAAGGUAAAGAAGAGCUCCACUCCCUUGGCAACUAUCGCUACCAAGAGAGUGUAUGGUAUAUCUGUUUCGGAGCACUCCACAAACAAGCUGUUGGCUAAUUACCUAAUAUGGAGAAUGGAGGAAGAUGGAGAUGGUCCUUCUACUGCCAAGUAA